UUUAAGAGAGGAUCAUUAGUAAAACUAUGGUCCCAAUAUUUUAAGCCAAUGCCAUGUACUGUAAAUCUAUCCACCCUAUACCAUCUGGACAUGUGAAGAAGCUAAGUGCUCACAUGCCACAUAAGUUGCCAUGCCAACCAUGCCAGAAGUCUCCUGCUAUAAGUGCGAGGGAAGAGCGGAGGAGGAAGAGAGAGCACAGGAAGAAAAGCAGCAGUGGUGAAUCUAGAUGGAAAAGAUGCAGGUCCAAGAGAGCGGAGGAGGAGGAGGAGGAUGAGGAGGAGGAGGAGGAGGAGGAGGACAGGAGUGUGGAUGGACUCUUGGAUGGAGCCCUACAUGGAGCAGUGGGCAGCUCAAGUGAAUCAGAGCAUACCAGUGGCAGCAGUGUCAAGACCAACAGCAGUAGCCAGUAUGACCUGCAAACCCUGAAGGAGACUAGUCCUAGCACACUCGUCAGACUCAACAGCGCUCAGAGAGAUGCAUUUGAAGGGAAAUACAAACAGACGCUUUGCCUGAGUCAGGGUGGAUAUGGUACUGUUUAUGCUGGACACAGAGUAGAAGACUCACUGGCCGUGGCCAUCAAACAUGUGCCGCAGUCAAAGGUGAUUCGGACAUCAGUGGUUCUGGAUGGGCAGCUUCAUCAGUUCCCUCUGGAGGUGGUGCUCCUGCUGAUGGUGGGAGCUGGUGAGGGAGAGAGGGGGCUGGACAGCAGCGGCGUUAGUGUUCAGCUGCUGGACUGGUACGAGCUGGGGGACGAGCUCGUGUUGGUGAUGGAGAGGCCACUUCCCUGCCUGGAUCUGUUUGACUACAUCCAGGAGAGAGGCGGGAGACUCCCAGAGGAAGAGGCUAAGUUAAUUCUGAAACUGCUGGUUGAGGCCAUGAAUAAGGUUCACUCUAAAGGAGUUCUCCAUCGUGACAUAAAGCCUGAGAACAUUCUGGUGCUCAUGGGCAAUGAUAGCCUGUGUGUGCGCAUACUUGACUAUGGCUGUGGAUGCAUUCUCCAGAAUGAACCAUGCACUGAGUUCUAUGGCACAAUGCAGUACACGCCGCCCGAGUGGUACCUGGUGGGGGAGUACGAGGCCAUGCCCUCCUGUGUGUGGCAGAUAGGGGUGCUGCUGUAUGACAUGCUGUGUGGCGAGCACCCCUUCUGCACACGUGCAGACAUCAUCGGCUGUGAGCCGUACAUCCCACAGCAGUUUUCCAGACAGUGCCAGGACCUAAUGAGACGCUGCUUAGCCAAGCGGCCCAGAGGAAGACCUACUCUAGAUGGCAUUCUACAGCAUCCUUGGUUACAGUGAAGGGCACAGGCACAUGCUAUAUAAUACAAACAGAUACUCUCACAGACAUACAAAGACACAUGGCACAGACACAAACAUCUAGCCUACAUAUAAAGGCACACACACACACACACACACACACACUACCUGUCCUGCAUUCAUUCAUAUAUAUUUUUAAUGGAUCCAUAUUACUACAUUAUUAGAAAGGUAUGUCAAAACAUUUACAAAAUAAAGUUU